AUGGCCUGUGAUCAAGGUCACAUGGAGUCCUCAGAGUCCUACCUGCAAGGCCCCCUGCAGGCCCCAGACCCCUUCUCGCUCACCCACGCCUCUGGGUCGCAUCGCAGCCACAGUUCUGCUGCGCUUCUGAGGGAGCCAGGCCACUCGGGUGUGCGACAGGAAGACCCCACGGAAGCAGAUGGUUCCCCAGGGCCAGCCCAACCCACCAAACCCGUGGCUUAUGUGAAACCCAUGAGAAUUCAGACUCGGGCUUACGCACGCAGCACAGCUCCUCCUGCAGGAAGAGGCCAGAGAGGCAGAGGCCACCCUGCAGGAAGAGGCAGCCUAGGCAGGGCAGGCCCUCCAGAGGGAACAGAUCGGCACAGGAGGCUGAACCACACCGAGGAGCCAGACCACCCCGUCAGACCAGCAACCAGCCUGGCCCCACUCUUCACUUUUGCUCCUGAAGCUACAGCGCAGGGAGACCACAGCCUCCACCCUGCCCAGGAGCACAGGCCUGCUCUGGAGCAGCCGGCGCCACAGGUCUAUCAGCGCGUAGGUUUCAGCCCCUUAGCUGGCUCAACCUUGCGUAUCAGGCAGACUGCCUCCAGCACCCACGUGUUCGGAGUUCCGGUGUUCUUUACCAAUAUCUUCCACUGA